GCAGGGACCACAUUUAUCACUGCUACCUGGCCCGGACUCUUGCAGCCCGGAUUGCUUCCCUUCCUGCCACCUCAGGAGCCUGCCUGCCUGCACACCUGCCACAUCGCACCCCAACACUCGGGAGCCUCAUGGCUGCCACUUGUGAGAUUAGCAACGUUUUCAGCAACUACUUCAGCGCCAUGUACAGCUCGGAAGACCCCGCCCUGGCCCCUGCCCCCCCUGCGGCCGCCCCCGCCUUCAGUGCUGAUGACUUGGUGCUGACCCUGAGCAACCCCCAGAUGUCGCUGGAGGGACCAGAGAAGGCCAGCUGGUCGGGGGAGCAGCCCCAGUUCUGGUCGAAGACUCAGGUUCUGGACUGGAUCAGCUACCAAGUGGAGAAGAACAAGUAUGAUGCCAGCUCCAUUGACUUCUCACGGUGUGACAUGGAUGGGGCCACACUCUGCAACUGUGCCCUUGAGGAGCUGCGUCUGGUGUUCGGGCCUCUGGGAGACCAACUCCAUGCCCAGCUGAGGGACCUCACUUCCAGCUCUAAUGACGAACUCAGCUGGAUCAUUGAGUUACUGGAGAAGGACGGCAUGGCUUUCCAGGAGGCCCUAGGAGACCCAGCCCCCUUUGACCAGGCAAGCCCUUUUGCCCAAGAGUUGCUGGACGACGGUCGCCAGCUUAGCCCCUACUACGGCGGCAGCUAUGGCGCCGGAGCCCCCUCCCCUGGCAGCUCAGACGUCUCUACUGCAGGGACCGCUACUUCCCAGAGCUCCCACUCCUCAGACUCCGGUGGAAGUGAUGUGGAUCUGGACCCUACCGAUAGCAAGAUCUUCCCCAGAGAUGCCUUUCCGGACUAUAAGAAGGGGGAACCCAAACAUGGGAAGCGAAAACGGGGCAGGCCCCGAAAGCUGAUCAAAGAGUACUGGGAGUGCCUGGAGGGCAAGAAAAGCAAGCACAAGCACGCCCCCAGAGGUAUCCACCUAUGGGAGUUUAUCCGGGACAUCCUCAUCCACCCUGAACUCAACGAAGGCCUCAUGAAAUGGGAGAACCGGCACGAGGGUGUGUUCAAGUUCCUGCGCUCAGAGGCUGUGGCCCAACUCUGGGGCCAAAAGAAAAAGAAUAGCAACAUGACCUACGAGAAGCUGAGCCGAGCCAUGAGGUACUACUACAAACGGGAGAUCCUGGAGCGGGUAGAUGGCCGGCGGCUCGUCUACAAGUUUGGCAAGAACUCCAGUGGCUGGAAGGAAGAGGAGGUCGUGGCGAGUCGGAACUAAGGGUGGGAGACUGGAGCCCACCCCUGACUCACAGACUCUCGGACUAGAGGCCUGUGGCGCCCUUGGGAAGACAGGCAGGCCAGAUGGCCCCCUGCGUGUGGAUAUGUUCUCUGUGGCGCUGUUGGAGAGAAGUUCAAGUUGGGUGCAUUGUCGGCGGUGCCCUGAAGAGGCCUCUCCUCCCUGCCCUCCUCGUGGAAUUACAAGCCCUGGGGUUUGAAGCGAUGAUGUGCUCGCUGACUCUACAGCUGCAAGUAUGGCUCCCUCCAGUUCCAGCGCUGGCUGCAGAGAGCAGCCUCCUCCUGCGGGUGCCAAGGAGGCCGAGAAGACUGGGGGCGCACAGGGACAGAGGGGACAGGGCUGUGGCCUCCAGCACCUUCAUUCUGGACCGGCUUCCGCCUCUCUGCUAAGUACUCAGGCUCCACAGGUGGGGGUCAGAGUAUCCCUAAUUUAUGUGCUAUAAAUGUAUCGGGUGUACAUAGAGAUCUAUUUUUUCUAAAGCAUUCCCCUCCCUGCUCUUCUCCCACCGAGGUCUGGUGGUUCUAAUCCCCCAGCUGGGGGAGGGAGAGGCAGGGUGAUUCUAGGCUCCUCACAAUGGGGGUCCUGGGUCCCUUCUGUGAAUGGAGGCGGAGACCUCCAAUAAAGUGCCUUCUGGGCUUUUUCUAACCUU